GCGGGCGGGGGCCGGAGAGGGUUGCGAGGGCGCGCUGUGCGGCCUCCCGGGCGUAACCCGUGCGCGUCUGGCGUUGUUCUCAAAGUUAUGCCUCCCUGGCUCGGGAGAUGCCAGUGCUAAGUGCGGGGAUGGCCUUAACGACGCCCCCAGGAAGGAGCCCGUGACAGGAGGUCAACUCCGGCGAGACCCUCUGGAGCGCAGACUGCCCACCGCAGCAAGCAACAGCGAGGAUUGUCUCCCCAACACUUUACUGUGAAAAAGUUUCAGAAAUUCAGAAAAGUUAGGGUGACUUUUGCAGCAGAUUCUUCUACACCCCACCACCUAUAUUCUACCACGAACACAUUCUAAUUUGCUCUCUCUCACCCUCGCGGUGGUGACUUCUGAUAGGAUGCCAGCGAGCCUUGGCUCCAGUCUCCAUUGCCGCGGCUUAGCUAGGUCGCAAAGCCUUAUUUAAGAAAGGGCCUACCUUCUCCAAGGCCUUUGGGUUUGCUUAAGAGUUUACCGGAUGGGAGCCUUCUCCCCUCCCCAGCCUUUUCGUCGAACAGUCCUCAAGGAUAAGGGACUCCUUUUCUUCAGGUGAAUCUAAAAGUAGGGCUAGGACUCGGGUGACACCUACCUACCAAGGAGCCCUUCCAUGGGUUUGGCUGCUUUCUGGAUAAAAGAGGUCUUUUAGUGUUGAGGUCCUACUUCUUGAGUUCCCUCUCUUCCCUUUUCUAGGGCAGGACAUUCUCUCCCCCACUCCCAAAUGUGUCAAAAGCCUUAUCUCAAAGUUACCGAACCUCUCUGUGCCUUGUCUGCUCUGCAAAAUGGGGGUAAGAGCAGUGCCUCCCCAGCGGGAUGGUACUGAAGACUCAAGGAGCUAGGAUGCCUUCCAUGCAGUAAGCAUCAGAUAAACAAGGGCUAUCGCUCGGGCUCAUCACUCCCAGAUGUACAUCUCCGCUUCUGAUCUCUCCUUUCCUGACUUACACCCUCCGCCUGUUGCGUAUCUCCAACUGUACCAGACACCUCAGACUCAACGUGUCCAGAAGGAAACACGCGAGCUCCCUCCCCAGACUGACUUCUUGUUCCCCAGCAUUGCCGGCAGCCGCACCCGCUCAGGCAUGUACCUACACCCCUGAAUCGCGCCUCCCCAGGUUGUCACUUUUAUGCCCUCCGUUUGCAUCCUUCCCUCCUAAUGAACAGCACCGCUGCCUUAAUUUAGGCCCCGUCACUUCUCAUCUGGUUUGUUUCAAGUCCCCCGCUCUUCUCACAUCCAGCCUCGCCGUUGUAUUGCUCGAGGACCACUCUUCCCCGCAACACCCUACCUUCCAGUAAGCGGACUCUCCACCACUUGUUAGCCUCAGAGUUUGGGCAAAUGUCUUGACCAACCCAGUAAGCGGACUCUCCACCACUUGUUAGCCUCAGAGUUUGGGCAAAUGUCUUGAUCAACCUGUGCCUCGCUGUCCUUAUCUGUAAAAUGGAAAUGAGUACCUGCAUCGUAGGGGGGUUAUGUAUAUGAAAGAUUAAUCAUGAAAGCACCUGGCGCAGGGCCUAGGCCACAAAGAGCUCAGUGUUGGCUUAUUAUCCUCCUGUUGUGUUCUCACCUACAGGCUGUUGUCCUGCUCAAGCUGUCCCCUCUACCUGGGAAAGCCUCCUCCGUCCCCCCACCCUGCGCCCCUCGCGGUCUGACCACGUGUCCUUGCACUUCCACCAGGCGCCUUCCAUGGGGCCGGGCGGGGGAUCGGACGGGACGCAGGGGCCACUCGUGGGCCCGGCCUCUCCCCCAAGACCCGUAACUUCCUGAGGGAGGGAAGGGACUCUGGCACGCAGCCAGUGGUCAGUGGGUGCCGGCUGGGCUGGACCGCGAGGACGAGCUCCGUCCCCCGGGGGCCGCCCCGCCCAACGCGGGGGCGGGCGCUCCGCGCGGGCCGGGUGGGGGUGGGGUGGGACUCCUUUUCCUCGCCGUGGCGGCGGAGGCGCACGGCGUGGCUGGCGCAGCGCGGCGCCGUCGGUCGGUAUCGGAGUCGGAGGAGCCGGAGUCGGAGGAGCCGGAUCCGAGUCUGAGGAGGAGGAGGAAGAGGAAGGCCGAGGAGCCGGAGCAGGCCGAGGACCGUUGCCCAGCCGCGUCCGCGGCCCCGCGAGGAUGGAGGCCCCCGGCCCGCGGCCCGCGCUGGCCCUCGGCGGCCCCGGCCCGCUGGGCGAGUUCCUGCCGCCGCCCGAGUGCCCGGUCUUCGAGCCCAGCUGGGAGGAGUUCGCCGACCCCUUCGCCUUCAUCCACAAGAUCCGGCCCAUAGCCGAGCAGACCGGGAUCUGCAAGGUGCGGCCGCCGCCGGAUUGGCAGCCACCAUUUGCAUGUGAUGUUGACAAACUUCAUUUUACUCCGCGCAUCCAGAGGCUGAAUGAAUUGGAGGCUCAAACACGUGUAAAAUUAAAUUUCUUGGACCAGAUUGCAAAGUACUGGGAAUUACAGGGAAGUACUCUGAAAAUUCCACAUGUGGAGAGGAAGAUCUUGGACUUGUUUCAGCUUAAUAAGUUAGUUGCAGAGGAAGGUGGAUUUGCAGUUGUUUGCAAGGAUAGAAAAUGGACCAAAAUUGCCACCAAGAUGGGAUUUGCUCCUGGCAAAGCUGUGGGCUCCCAUAUCCGAGGGCAUUAUGAGCGAAUUCUCAACCCUUACAACUUAUUCCUGUCUGGAGACAGUUUGAGGUGUCUGCAGAAGCCAAACCUGACCACAGACACAAAGGACAAGGAAUACAAGCCCCACGGUAUUCCCCAGAGGCAGUCUGUGCCACCCUCGGAAAUGUGCGCCCCCGCCCGACGAGCGAAGCGCAUGAGAGCAGAGGCCAUGAAUAUUAAAAUAGAACCAGAAGAGACCACAGAAGCCAGAACUCAUAACCUGAGACGUCGAAUGGGAUGUCCAGCUCCAAAGUGUGAAAAUGAGAAAGACGUGAAAAGCAGCGUCAAGCAAGAACCCAUUGAGAAGAAAGAGUAUAUUAUAGAAAGUGAGAAGGAAAGACCCAAGAGUCGAGCUAAAAAAACCACCAAUGCUGUUGACUUGUAUGUCUGCCUCCUGUGCGGCAGUGGCAACGAUGAGGACCGGCUUCUCUUGUGCGAUGGGUGUGAUGACAGCUACCACACCUUCUGCCUGAUCCCGCCACUCCAUGACGUUCCCAAGGGAGACUGGAGGUGUCCUAAGUGUUUGGCUCAGGAGUGCAGUAAGCCACAAGAAGCGUUCGGCUUUGAACAGGCAGCCAGGGACUAUACUCUGCGUACUUUUGGGGAAAUGGCAGAUGCGUUCAAAUCUGAUUACUUCAACAUGCCAGUCCAUAUGGUUCCCACAGAACUGGUUGAGAAAGAAUUUUGGCGACUGGUGAGCACUAUUGAAGAGGAUGUCACCGUGGAGUAUGGAGCUGAUAUCGCCUCAAAGGAGUUCGGCAGUGGCUUCCCUGUCCGAGAUGGGAAAGUGAAGCUCUCGCCUGAGGAGGAGGAGUAUCUCGACAGUGGUUGGAAUUUGAACAACAUGCCAGUGAUGGAGCAGUCUGUCCUUGCUCACAUCACCGCUGACAUAUGUGGCAUGAAGCUUCCUUGGUUGUACGUGGGAAUGUGCUUCUCUUCCUUCUGUUGGCAUAUUGAAGACCACUGGAGCUAUUCCAUUAACUACCUGCACUGGGGUGAGCCAAAAACCUGGUAUGGAGUCCCAGGAUACGCCGCCGAGCAGCUGGAGACCGUGAUGAAGAGGCUGGCCCCGGAGCUCUUCAUCUCCCAGCCUGACCUCCUCCACCAGCUUGUCACCAUCAUGAACCCCAAUACCCUGAUGACUCACGAAGUGCCUGUUUACCGAACUAAUCAGUGUGCUGGGGAGUUUGUGAUCACGUUUCCAAGAGCCUACCACAGCGGUUUCAAUCAAGGUUUUAAUUUUGCUGAGGCUGUUAACUUCUGCACUGUCGAUUGGCUGCCCUUAGGCCGGCAGUGUGUGGAGCAUUACCGCCUGCUGCACCGCUAUUGUGUAUUUUCCCACGACGAGAUGAUUUGCAAGAUGGCUUCCAAGGCAGAUGUACUAGACGUUGUAGUGGCGUCAACUGUUCAGAAGGACAUGGCCAUUAUGAUUGAGGAUGAGAAGGCUCUAAGGGAAACUGUUCGUAAAUUGGGAGUGAUUGAUUCGGAAAGAGUGGAUUUUGAACUGUUGCCAGAUGAUGAGCGUCAGUGUGUAAAGUGCAAAACCACGUGCUUCAUGUCUGCCAUCUCCUGCUCUUGUACACCUGGCCUGCUAGUCUGCCUGCAUCACGUGAAGGAGCUAUGUUCCUGUCCUCCUUACAAAUAUAAACUGCGGUAUAGAUACACUCUAGAUGAUCUCUAUCCCAUGAUGAAUGCACUGAAGCUUCGCGCAGAAUCUUACAACCAGUGGGCCUUGAGUGUGAAUGAAGCUUUGGAGGCGAAGAUUAAUAAGAAGAAAAGCCUUGUCAGCUUUAAGGCUUUGAUUGAAGAAUCAGAGAUGAAGAAAUUCCCAGACAAUGAUCUUUUACGUCACCUCCGCUUAGUCACUCAGGAUGCGGAGAAGUGCGCCUCUGUUGCCCAGCAGCUGCUCAACGGCAAAAGGCAGACAAGAUACCGAUCCGGUGGAGGGAAAUCCCACAAUCAGUUGACAGUGAAUGAGCUCCGACAGUUUGUGACCCAGCUGCACGCUCUCCCCUGUGUCCUCAGUCAGACGCCGCUGCUGAAGGAUCUCUUGAAUCGUGUAGAAGAUUUCCAACAGCAUAGCCAGAGAUUGCUCUCAGAGGAGAUGCCCAGUGCCGCUGAGCUGCAGGACUUGCUAGACGUCAGCUUUGAAUUUGAUGUUGAGCUUCCCCAGCUCGCCGAGUUGCGUGUCCGCCUGGAGCAGGCCCACUGGCUGGAGGAGGUGCAGCAGGCAUGCCUAGAGCCCAGCUCCCUCACCUUAGAUGAUAUGAGACGCCUCAUAGAUCUGGGGGUGGGUCUGGCCCCAUAUUCGGCUGUGGAGAAGGCUAUGGCGCGGCUUCAGGAACUGCUCACGGUGUCAGAGCACUGGGAUGACAAAGCCAGGAGUCUCCUCAAGGCCAGGCCCCGGCAUUCCCUUAACAGCCUUGCUACGGUGGUAAAGGAGAUCGAGGAGAUCCCCGCUUACCUGCCCAGCGGUGCAGCUCUGAAAGACUCUGUGCAGAGAGCCAGAGACUGGCUUCAGGACGUAGAGGCCCUGCAGGCUGGAGGACGUGUGCCAGUGUUAGACACGCUGAUAGAACUUGUUACACGAGGCCGAUCUAUCCCGGUGCAUCUGAAUUCUUUACCGAGACUGGAGUCACUAGUAGCUGAGGUUCACGUUUGGAAAGAAUGUGCUGCUAAUACAUUCCUGACUGAGAAUUCAUCCUAUUCUCUCUUAGAGGUGCUCUGUCCUCGAUGUGAUAUUGGCCUUCUGGGAUUGAAGAGGAAGCAGAGAAAGUUAAAGGAGCCCUUGCCAAGUGGCAAGAAGAAAAGCCCCAGAGUAGAGAGUUUGAGUGACCUGGAGAGAGCUCUUACUGAAAGCAGAGAGACUGCUUCAGCUAUGGCAACACUUGGGGAAGCUCGCUUACGAGAAAUGGAAGCCUUGCAGUCUCUCAGACAAGCCAAUGAGAGGAAGUUGCUGUCGCCAGUCCAGGAUGUGGAGAUGAAGGUCUGCCUGUGUCAGAAGCCCCCAGCUGCCCCCAUGAUCCAGUGUGAACUCUGCAGGGAUGCUUUCCACACCAGCUGUGUGGCGGUACCCAGUAUUUCGCAGGGCCCCCGGAUCUGGCUGUGUCCCCAUUGUCGAAGAUCCGAGAAGCCUCCGUUAGAGAAAAUUCUGCCCCUGCUGGCCUCCCUCCAGCGUAUCCGAGUCCGCCUUCCCGAGGGAGACGCGCUGCGGUACAUGAUUGAAAGAACCGUGAGCUGGCAGCACAGAGCCCAGCAGCUGCUCUCAUCAGGGAGCCUCCGGUCCGUGCAGGACCGAGCGGGCUCAGGACUGUCAUGUGGCAGAUGGCAGGCCGCGGCAGGACGAGGGCCAGAGGCAAGCAAGGUAGCUCAGCCUCCUGGGCUCACGUCCUUUUCCUUGCCCGCUGACUGGGACAGCAGAACCUCGUAUUUACACUCUCCCUUCUCUACUGGCCGGAGCUGCGUCCCCCUCCACGGUAUCAGCCCAGAAGUGAAUGAGCUGUUGAUGGAGGCCCAGCUGCUCCAGGUGUCCCUUCCUGAAAUUCAGGAGCUCUACCAGACCUUACUCGCAAAGCCUAGCCCUGCGCAGCAAGCUGACCGCAGCUCUCCAGGGAGACCCAGCAGUGAGAAGGGUGACGGCUGCCGCGGGAAGAGAGACGGAGUCGGUGGCCUCGAGAGCACACUGAAGAGACGCCUGGAAAGAGACGUCCUCUCCAGUGAGCGGUGGGAUCGGGUUGCCAAAAUUCGGACCCCCAAAAAGAAGAGAAUCAAACUGAGCCACCCCAAGGACACGAACAGUUUCAAGUUAGAGAGAGAGCGUAGCUGUGAGUUGGGCCCUUCUGCCGACACUCAGUCCCUGCCCUCAGACACGUCCUACUCGGAGCAGGAGGACUCUGAGGAUGAGGACGCCAUCUGCCCGGCCGUGAGCUGCCUGCAGCCGGAAGGAGACGAGGUGGACUGGGUCCAGUGUGAUGGCAGCUGCAAUCGGUGGUUCCAUCAGGUCUGUGUUGGUGUCUCUCCCGAGACGGCCGAGGAGGAGGACUACGUGUGCGCGUGCUGCGCGGCGACGGACGCGCCGGGCCGGAGAUAAAACAAACAGACCCCUAACUGUAAUUCAGGACUCGGCCAGAGGACUCCUCCAGUUUCUCAGCAGAGCUGCAGGACUGGCGUUCAAACCAGCCUGUGAACGGUGCUAUUUCUAUUCCUUACGGGAUCAUUUUUCCAGAACUCUUUGAAAAAAAGAAAAAACGACUAAAAAAAUUUUUUGACACUUUUUGUAUUUUUUUCCUUAAGAGCUGUUUGUGGUUGUUGAGGUUUGAAACGCUGACUGUUUUUUGCAGGGGUUCUCACCAAUUUGGAAGGAUUGGAGCUUGCACCUUUUCAUGUACAGCAUUAAAAUCUUACCUCUUUCUGGGAUUUACCGGUUUAAGAGUCCAACUCAGUUUCAGUGCCCAGAAGGGCACCAGAAAUUCCAGUAAAUCCUCAUUUGAGGAAUUUCUCUCAUUUACUCUGUUAACCAUAUUGGGGAGCUUAAGUUUUUCACUCUUGGGGUUUUUGUUGGUUUCGUUUCUUUAUUCACUUUUCUUUUUCCUGGUAGACUAGGUUUAUUUAUCUAAGCAAUAACUUCCAUGUUGGUUUCAGUGGCUGGAAUUAAAACAAAACGAAACAAACUUCCAGUGUGUUGGUGCUUUAGCAUCUGGUCGAUGUCAGAACGCAAACUUCUAGUUUCUAGUGUCACUGGCGAGUGAGUGGCACACAAGAGAGGCCCCUCUGUAAGCACCUGCCACAGCUGUAUUUUGGCUUUCUUCCUGCCCGUUCCCUCCUCACCUGUUUUUUUUUUUUGGUAGCUUGUAUCAAAUGUUGCGGUUUAUAUUGUGGAAUAAAUCCUUGGUCCUAACACGAACACUGGUCAUUUAGAGCCAUUAGCCCCCAGCUGCUUCUGCGCCUCCACCUGUGGGCUCUGACAAGCCAAGGGGGUUGCUUGCUUUUGCCUCUGCCCGGCCAGGCUACAGUAGCAGUGGACGGUAGCCUGCAGACACUAGGGGGUUCUUUUGUAUCCUGCUCUGUUCGGUGGGCCGUAUGCCUCCAGUCCCCACUAACAAAGACCUCCUCUUCUUCCUGUCUUCAAGGGAUAGAACCUGUCUUUAAAGCCAUGCUGUUUUUAAAUAAGCUUUGUCAGAAUAUUGGCAAAUCAUUCCAGUCCUCAGAUCACCCCUCCCUGUGGGAAUGAUGUCUUUAUUACGUUUGAAUUGACAGGGAAACUUGGUUUAAGGUUAAGAUGUCAGAAGGAGAUGUAAGGAGAGUGCAUCCUCACAGAGGGCUCGGCGGGUGUGGGUCGAGGAAACACAUGUGAACACCCAGGCCCUGCCCUCGCGCUUUCCUUCCAGUCUCUCUCACUCUUGAUGUUGUGACUGGUCAUGGGUGGCCCACAGCCUUUCUCCACCUUUUCUUUUUAAAGGACUCUUGUUCUGCAGUGGAGAAGACAUUCUGGUGAACAGACUCUUGCUUUGUGUUUUCCUAUCCUGUUGCUAAUAAUACCUGUUUUCCCUACAUUCUAUAGCCAUAAACCUGAAGAUGGGUAGAAACAGUGGGUCUUUAAUAAAACAACAAAAACAGCAGUUUGUGAUGUAGCAGAGAUUUAAAUGUGUACUACUCCCUUUUAUGCAAUUCAGAUAAUUAAAUCUCUUUAAGAAUGA